AUGGCUCUGCAGGAGGCGAAGCCCCAGGGCCCAAGAGAAACUGGACUGGCGGCGCGGAGGCGCAGGGGCCGGCCCGGGACGCGCGGGCUCGGUGGGGUCGGCGGCGGAGCGGCGUGCAGCCCGGGCGUGAGAGGCUCCGGACCGGCGCUGGUCCCCCGGGCCGCCGCGUCCCAGGAAGCACCGCUGCCGCCGCCGCUGCCGCCGCCGCCGCUGCUGCUGCUGGGACUCCUGCUGCUGGCGGCCCUUCCUGAGCACUGCCUGGCCGACCCGGGAACAGGCGAUCUACAGAUAACCGUCACCCCAAACCCAGAGUCAUUUCCUCCUGGGAAAUUGUUACCGAUUUCACCAACAUGGCCUUUCUCAGAAGUCCAGUCUUCCUCGGCAGCGGACAGAAUCAAGAAUGUGCUCGGACCGUCCCCUGACAACACCAGCGUGCUGCAGUUCACCCGGACACCUCCUCCCAAGACACACCGCAGAGCGAGGGCUCAUGGGGACUUCUCCUCUUCCCCUUACCAAGGAAGCGGCUAUAGCGCCUCCUUCGAGCCUUACAAGGAUUCCACUGAGUCGCUGGUCCACCCAAGAUCUCAAGGGGGAAAAGAAACAACCAGCGUGUCAGGUUUGCCUCACACUAGCAUGCUCCCCGCAUUGUCCUCUGUCCCAUCAGUGCCAUCCUUGAGCCCUGUCCUCCCAUCUCAGCCCGUAUGGGUAGGGACUCCUUCCAUCUCAAAACGACAUACUCUGGGGUCAGACAUCCUUCCACUUCUCCCUCCAUCUCCAUCCUCUUCAUUGGUUACUGACUCACCUCAUUCCACCAUCUUUUCUAAGCCAGCUGAGCAACCCACCAAAGUGCCUUUAUUCCCCCAAAGAGCUCCAAUGGACUCCUCUUCAACUCAGAGUGUACCUAAUCCCCUAAACCCAUUUGCUGAUGAAAUGAACCACACUCCAUCCAAAAAUGCCCAGGAUUUAAUAGGUAUCCCUCGUCUAGGUUUUUCUGGGUCUUCGACAAAGCAGUACUCACAGCUGCCCUCCAUGGAGAGCCCUCGCUCAGCGAGCUCCCCAACGCCGGAGUUUUUGAGCUCCAGGGCAGAGCUGGCUCAUCUGUCUCCCCCUCCCCUAGCACCUGGAAGUCUUCACCUGUCAGGUGGAACUCCCUCAUGGUCAAGGUUGGAAGUGGCUUCAAGCCCUGCAUCCACCCAGCCAGCUGAAGCUGAGGUGGCUGAAAGAGUGCACAGUGGGGUGCCUUUGACGAGCACAGCAAUAGCAGCAACCCGUGAGACCAUGCCUUCACUUUUUCAGACUGCUGAGUCAGUGGCGGUGGAAAUGACCAGCAGAAAGCUGGCCCCCACCACUGCAAAGGACUCUGCUAACCCACUGCUUUUGUCAGCAGCCCCAGAGAAUUCGGAAGGGCCCUCCCUUUCAGCAGAACACACAUCUUUCUCUUCGAUGCCUUCCCCUCUGCCUCCCACUACAGCCAGCCAAGGACAAGCCAACCUUUCCAGAGCCGUUCCUGCAUCACCAUCAAAGGGCGCAGUGGCAGACGUUCCCUCCACGCCUACUUUCCUACGGCCGGCGCAGAAUCAUUCCUCUCCCUCCGCCAAGCCCGAAAUGCUGACUCCUCAGGCCAAGGGCCUUGAUGGACACCCUCCUCCUGCAGCUACGGACUUUCUCCCCUCAAGCAAAUUUCCUAAUCUCCUUGCCACGACUCGGGCAUUUCCCCUGCAGAAAGAAGACAGCGUGACAGCUGUUUUCAAGAAAAACGAAAAGGCAAACUUCACAGUUGCUCUCCAGGCCCUUCCAAGUAAAGAGAUUUGGAGUCUUCACACAGUAGAUGGAUUCACCUCUGAUUUUACCGCUGAUCGUAGUUCACCCACUGUCACUACAACACCCAGAACAAACCUUCCUUCCGAAUUACCUCCACGUUCCAUCUCCUCUGUACGAGCCACCCAGACUGUUUCCCCGUCUCCCAGCUCUUCCACCAGCAAUCCAGAGACCUACACAGCUGCCACGGACCAUUCUGAGCUGCCAGUUUCAACUUCCAAACGGGUGAUAGCAUCUCCCUCCUCCACUGAGGUCUAUGAUUUCUCAACAAUGGGAAGUGUGAAGAAGCCAGCAGUCACAGAUGUUUUCUGGAGUUCUCUUUCAGCAGAAACUGGAUCCCUUUCCACAGAACCAACGUUAUCUGGCUUGCAGCAGCAAACAAAUUAUGAUACCAAUGGGCACACAAUGAGCUCCACAAGUUGGAAAACUUAUUCAGCUUCCUCUGCUGCUCCCAGUGAUUUAGCUUCAGCUGUUAGUACAAUAGAAUCUCAGGAUUUCCAAGACACUGCUGGGCAUUCAGCAACUGCAGAAGGCUUUAGUAUUCAGGAUCCAGUCCUUGACACAAGCACCAAUCAACUAGUCCAACAAUCAGACGUUACCAUGGUUGGAAACCAUACAGACAUUCUGUCCGUUAGUAAUGACAACCACCCCAGAGUCUUCCAAACAUCUGAGGUUGAAGAUUACCCAUCCACAAGUCAAUAUGUCCAGUCUCAUCCCCAUCUGCAGCGGCCUGUCCAUCCAACACAUUCUCUCUUGCUAACCUCUCCAAGUCUGCCUUCCACAGCUGGUCUGCGGGAAAUGUUUUCAGAUGGAAUGGAUACAAGUUUCCAAAUUUCCAGCGGCAUCUAUCCAUCUCCUGUGAUAAAUGCUUCCACACCAUUCCAGAAUAUCCCAAGCUAUCACUCUACUGCUGAAUCUCCUCUGUCAACCAGCGCCUCAAUCAGGACCCCAUCCAAAGUGCUCCUGCCUUCUCAGCGCCCCAAGAAAUGGACAGGUGCAGCCACUAAUGCAGCGGACUCUGCGGUGUCCUUCAAGGCAGAACCCACAGCAGCAGCAGCUUCCACGUUGUUUCUGAGGAAAUCAAGCCCGCCGGCACUGUCUGCAGCCCUGGUUGCUAAGGGCACUGGCAGCAGCCCUUCGGCCGGGGUCUCAGGAUUAGUCAAGAGCAGUUUGACCACUGCUCUAGCUAAAAAUGUCACCAACAACACAGCAUCUGCCCCAAAGGCGACACCAGGGGCGGCCCAUUCAGCUUUCUCAUUCACUCCAACCUACAUGUUUGCAAGAUCCGCAUACACCAUGAACACUCACACAGCCAUGCAAGGGACCCCGGGCACCGCCUCUGGCCUGUUGUCCACCACACACCACACCAGGAAACCACAAGCCAUGCACACGAGCUUCCCGAACCCCACUAACUCGGACCUGCCCAGGGCGUCCACCACACGCGCGCUGACAAUCACGGCAGCGCUGACGUCCGUUACAGCACCAGUCAGGGCGACCCGGCUGCCGCCGCUGCUGGCAGAAAACCCAAACGCUGCUCUUCCCGCUGUGUCGACAGCUACGGUCACAGCUGGCAAAGUAGUGUCCAACCUGGAGUGCCAGAUGUCCAGUAAACUUUUGGUGAAGAUAGUUCUCUUUCUGACGCAAAGGAGAGUGCAGAUCGGUGAAACCUUGAGGCUCAAUGUCGCCAAAGGGCUCACACAGGCGUUGCGGAAGGCCUUCCACCAGAACGACGUCUCGGCUCACGUGGACAUUCUGGAACAUUCUCAUAACGUCACAGUUGGUUAUUAUGUUACCAAAGGGAGGCUGGUGUACUUGCCUUCCGUAGUGAUCGAAAUGCUGGGUGUUUACGGGGUCAGCAAUGUCACUGCAGAUCUGAAGCAGCACACCCCAAACUUGCAGUCUGUGGCAGUGCUCGCCUCCCCCUGGGAUCCCCAGCCUGCAGGCCACUUCCAGCUGAAAACAGUGCUUCAGUUUGUGAGCCAGUCUGACAACAUACAGUCCUGCAAGUUCGCCCAGGUAAUGGAACAGAGGCUGCAGAAGGCCUUCCAGGAUGCCGAGAAGAAGGUUCUGAACACCAAAAGCAACAUGACAAUUCAGAUUGUGAGCACAUCCAACGCUUCCCAGACUGUCACACUGGUGUACGUGGUGGGCAAUCGGAGCUCUUUCCUCAAUGGCACCGUGGCCAGCAGCCUCCUCCGCCAGCUCUCAGCUGAGCUGGUGGGGUUCUACCUCACCUACCCGCCGCUCACCAUCGCUGAACCACUGGAAUAUCCCAACCUUGACAUAUCAGAGACAACCAGAGACUAUUGGGUAAUUACAGUGCUGCAGGGCGUGGACAAUUCGCUGGUGGGUCUGCACAACCAGAGCUUCGCCCGGGUCAUGGAGCAGCGCCUGGCCCAGCUGUUCAUGAUGUCCCAGCAACAAGGCCGGAGGUUUAAACGAGCCACCACCCUGGGAAGCUACACCGUGCAGAUGGUAAAGAUGCAGCGGGUACCUGGACCCAAGGACCCAGCGGAGCUGACUUACUACACCCUGUACAAUGGGAAGCCUUUGCUGGGGACUGCAGCUGCCAAGAUCCUGAGCACCAUUGACUCCCAAAGGAUGGCCUUGACCUUGCAUCAUGUUGUCCUUCUGCAAGCUGACCCCGUGGUGAAGAACCCACCCAACAACCUGUGGAUCAUCGCCGCCGUGCUGGCGCCCAUUGCCGUGGUCACCGUCAUCAUCAUCAUCAUCACUGCCGUGCUCUGCCGCAAGAACAAGAAUGACUUCAAGCCAGACACCGUCAUGAACCUGCCUCAGAGAGCGAAGCCCGUGCAAGGCUUUGAUUAUGCCAAACAGCACCUGGGCCAGCAAGGGGCGGACGAGGAGGUCAUCCCCGUGACCCAGGAGACGGUGGUCCUCCCACUGCCUGUCAGAGAUGCUCCUGCCUCGCAGGAAAGGGACGUCGCCCAGGACGGAAGCACCAUCAAGACGGCCGAGUCCACCGAAACCAGAAAGAGCAGGUCGCCCAGUGAGAAUGGCUCUAUCAUCAGCAACGAAUCAGGGAAACCCAGCUCGGGGAGGCGCUCGCCCCAGAAUGUAAUGGCACAGCAGAAAGUGACAAAGGAGGAGGCACGGAAGAGAAAUGUGCCAGCGAGUGAUGAAGAGGAAGGAGCAGUCCUUUUUGACAACUCUGGCAAGGCGGCUGCCGAUCCUUUUGACACGUCUUCAGGAUCCGUGCAGCUGAUUGCAAUAAAACCCACGGCCCUCCCUGUGGUGCAUCCCCCUGCGGACCGGAGCCAGGAGGUGGCUGUGCUCAACGGUGAGGUGAACAAAGCCCUGAAGCAGAAAUCAGACAUCGAGCACUAUCGGAACAAGCUGCGCCUCAAAGCCAAGAGGAAGGGAUAUUACGAUUUUCCGGCAGUAGAGACAAACAAGGCUCAGACGGAAAGAAAAAAGAUGUAUGAAAAAGCCCAAAAGGAAAUCGAGCACGUGUUGGAUCCAGACCCGGAACUGUGUGCGCCAUUCGCUGAGUCUAAGAGCAGGCAACAGACGAAGAACUCUGUCUACCGAAGCCGGCAGUCUCUGAAUAGCCCAAGUCCAGGGGAAACCGAGAUGGAUCUUCUGGUGACUCGGGAGCGACCCCGGCGUGGGAUUCGUAACAGUGGAUAUGACACAGAGCCUGAAAUCAUAGAGGAAACCAACAUUGACCGGGUUAAUGAGCCCCGCGGCUACGCCAGGUCGAGGCAGGCGAAAGGCCACUCCGAGACCUCCACGCUGAGCUCGCAGCCCUCCAUCGACGAGGUCAGGCAACAGAUGCACAUGCUGCUGGAGGAGGCCUUCAGCCUGGCGUCCGCGGGCCACGCAGGCCAAAGCCGGCACCAGGAGGCCUACGGCUCAACACAGCAUCUGCCCUACUCUGAGGUGGUGACCAGCGCUCCGGGGACCAUGACGCGGCCCAGGGCUGGGGUGCAGUGGGUGCCCACCUACCGUCCAGAAAUGUACCAGUACAGCCUGCCCCGGCCGGCCUACAGGUUUUCCCAGCUUCCCGAAAUGGUCAUGGGCUCUCCCCCUCCGCCGGUACCUCCCCGGACUGGCCCUGUGGCUGUUGCAUCUCUCAGGCGGUCCACCUCGGACGUCGGCAGCAAGACCAGGAUAGCUGAGUCCUCGGGGCCCGAGCCAGCCCAGCUACACGACAGCCCCUCCUUCGCGCACGUGUCCAGAGGCCCCGUGUCCGUGGCGCAGUUGGAUCAGUCGGCUUUAAAUUACUCAGGUAAUACGGUGCCGGCAGUGUUUGCCAUCCCAGCUGCCAACAGGCCGGGCUUCACCGGCUACUUCAUCCCGACGCCACCCUCGUCCUACAGGAACCAGGCCUGGAUGUCCUACGCUGGAGAGAAUGAGCUCCCAAGCCAGUGGGCCGAUUCGGUCCCCCUCCCAGGGUACAUAGAGGCCUACCCCCGGUCGCGUUAUCAGCAGAACUCUCCCUCCAGGCUCCCUCGCCAGUACAGCCAGCCGGCUGGCAUGCACCCCAGCUUGGAGCAGGCCCCUGUGCCCUCCACGGCAGCCUCCCAGCAGAGCCUGGCAGACAAUGACCCGUCCGACACACCCCUGACCAACAUCUCCACAGCAGCGCUUGUGAAGGCCAUCCGGGAAGAGGUGGCCAAGCUGGCCAAGAAACAGACGGACAUGUUUGAGUUCCAGGUCUAAUGCCUUAGCCCCAUGGGACUUCCAGACUCUGAGGAAAUAGUCUUCGGGUUUCUCAAGCCUCAUGUGUUGGAACUUGAGGCAUAGACAAUGGGUGAGUCUUUCUCAUCCUUAGUUUCUGCAAAGGUGAACAGUGGGGCUUCUGGGAAACAGAGGAAACUCUGGAAUGACUGGAUCCUCAGCUUAUUCAACUGAUUGUAUGUCAAGAAGUCCCUGCUUGGGACCGUAUGCUUGAUAUUCUGUUAUAUUAAAUGUUUGAACUGUGGGUACAUUUCCCUAUGGAGCCUUAGUCACGAGAGACACUAGCUAAUCUACAGAUUCCUGUCCAAUGCCACAUUUCAGUAAAUCACCAGGAGGAGGAGGACAUAGCUCUGUCUUUGGUGACCCCUGCAUGUUAACUCUGUCUCUGUGUUAAAGGCAAUGCAGGCGUGUGAUUAAGCACCAGACUGUACUCUCUCUCAUUCAGCCAUGACUGUAAUUGUUAAAAUCACCUCCAGUCUGUAAGGGAGGCACGGACUCCAGCCAAGAAACUUGAGUCCUUUUCUUUUUAAAGAUUCAUAUUCAAAGUCAGAUGCAUCGGAUGAAAGUCAGCGCUAUCGAUGACUGUACCUAUAAAUAGUCCUGAUCUCCCCCCACCUCCAUUAAUUAAACAAAGGCCAAGAAAGAGAGAAGAUGAGAGGGAAGGAUUGAUUUGUGUUGACAGGUUUUUGAAAAGGUAUUGCUUUACGGGAACUGGAGAACCCUGCAAGUUGGGGUGUAACUGAAAGAGCAGCGGCGCUAAGGGCAUUUAGGAUCUUGCAGAAGAAGAACACUUGGAGCUUUCUCUUUGCCCUGCAGUGAAGGUGGCCUGGAAAUGAAGCUUCUCUCUCUUUCGGGAUAACAGAUUCAUUGACUUUUACGAGAAAAUCUCUGUCUCUUCAACAGUGAUGUCCAGCCUGGGCUGCCAAGUGAUACAAAAGGAACUAGUCAUUGAUGACUGCCAGAGGCAGGAGUAGUGGAUCCACAGUCUCCCCAGCCUGCAGCCUCUGUUUAUAGAAGCUUCUGAAUGUAGAAAAUCUGUUGAAUUACAUUUAAAUGUAAAUAACAUUUUAAAAAGUGUAUGGAGUUAGCCAGUCCCCUCUCUCCCCAACCCCCUAUGGUUAAUGGACAGUAGAGGACAUUUGCUGAAAUGGCAGGACGGCCGACCUUGUGAGGGUGGCAUGGCAGAUCACCCCCACCCCCGCCAAGGCGAGUCAGCCUCCAGAGCUCUGGGUGGGCAGUGUCUCCCGGCCCUGAGGUACCUGCCACAGGUGCCUGUCAGCGCAAAGCAAAACCCUGCUGACUGCAGGUGGCCUUGGGGAGAAGACACUGGUCCCUUCACCAACUUUGGGAGCCACGCACGACGAUGAGGGCUCACUUGGCGUCUGUUGGAGAACGAGGCCCCGCCCUGCCUUCCCCCAAGAUCAUUCUCGCUUCAGCUGUUUCCAUCCCCUGAGCCCAUCUUUCCAUUCUCAUGAGUUUCUUUGGUCUUUACUGAGAGAAGGUGGAAAGUGAAAGGUUGAGAGAAGAGUAGGAGUGAAACUGAUUAGAAUGGGAGAUUUGAGGUCAAAGCACAGACUUUUCAAAGAAGCUGUUUUUAUUUCCCAAUGGCAAAUUGCUCUUUCUGAGAUGUUGUGUCAUGGAAUCCCCAAACAAGUCUCUUGUUCGGAUGAUAUUAGGUAGUGUCUUUUGGUAUGCUGAUUGAUCUUUCAUAGUGUUAGAUUUUUGUUACUUCAAAAAAAAUCAGCUAUAAAUAAAAUGUAUUUUUGUAAUUUCCACGUGUAUAUAUGGUAUAUUUCUACCAAUGGCCAGUUGUUGUAAUCCAAAACCUAAAUCAGCUUGCAAAACACUGUGGACAGUGCAAGAUUUUAUCAACAGAUUAACACAAUGCCUAAGUCUAUCCAAAUUGGUAUUCAAUGCACUUGAAUGAACAAAGAGCCAAAGAAACUCAGCCUUUCCAUGCAAAUGGUAUGAGUCUGAUAAAGUCAGCUACAUUGUCCCGCCUUAUCAAUAAUAUUAAUAUUUCAUCAGUGCAAUGACAUUCAACCCAGUACUUUGUCUACUUGGUAAAUGCCUGGAAAUAUUGUAUGUGAAAAUGAAGUUUUAAGACCUUAGUGUAAUUAAAAUAUAUGCACAUGCUUCCAAGACAGUGUCUGAGCUUUGGAUGUGCCAGUAACUGACGGAGAGUGAGCCAGCAGCCCCGGCUCGCUAAGAGGAUGGAGAAGGAAACCGCUGUGCUCUUUACAGAGCCCCGUGAAACACUGAGGGAGCCAACUGAGAUGACUAAAAAUAUAGCAUGCUUAAUCAGACACGCCCUCAAACUAGACACCACCAGUUUAAGAAAGUAUGUGGGAGGAAAACUUUAAAUUGAUGAGGUCAAUCUGUUCGUGUUUCCCCAUCAAUGGGGAGACGGAUGCCACUGUUUGAUAUUCUGUGACUAAGAUGUGGUCCCUUCUCUGAAGAGUCUCCUGACCUCAUGGAGGUGGCAGAUACGUGGACAGCUGGCUCAGAGAAAAGGCAAAUGGUCAAAAGUGCCUCGUGGAAGUUAAAAUAAAGUUCCAUGAGAGCUCAGGGGCUUUGUGUUCCUCAUGACCCUCCAGGCAGUUGAAGAAGCCACAAGGACCUAGAUGGCCUUGGAGAAGGAAGCCAAAGUCCCGAAAAGGGGACUGACCUGCCCGGGAAUUCCAGCCCAAGCCUGCUGAUGGAGGGGCCAGCUUGCUUUCCGUGCCACCAUGCCGCCUGCACACGUGUCUGGUGUUUGAACUAUGCUAGGAAGUUUAAAGAGCAGACACGGGUCAUAUGAGACAUUCCCUACGUUCUUGUGAAGAAAAAAGAUGGUAGAGUAGGUAAAGAACUUCAGAUAAGUGUACAGAGGAC